GUUGAGUCACAUGACCCAGCCGCGAUGCUUCUAGGGAAUUGCAGGUUACUUCUCAGUAGAUUCAUUCGAUAUCACAUGGGAUCUUUAUGAACAGUACCCGAAUGCUGCGCUAAAAUGUUGUGUUUUAAUCAUUUGAAAUGCACAAAAUGGUAGUCUAUUACUCAACACACUGUGCUGAUAACGAUAAUCAUAGAGAGAAAAAGAUCAGUGAGGAUAGGCUUUCAGAAGGACUACAAAUGCCAAACCAGGAAGUACGACUUGCAUCGGGGGUGCAAUCUUUCGUUCAAGUAGAUGAGACUACCAAUCCGAUCCUUGUUGAGCUCCUGGAGACUUGGUAAAAGAUCGUCUACAGACACUGGGAGACGGGGACUGAGUGGCGUCACCAUGCGGUUAGUUCAGUUCUGUCGUCAGGGCGAAGAAGGGGCGAUCCGAGUUGGAGUACAACUGGAUGCAGGACAGGGUGUUGUUGACCUAAAACACUUUGACUCUGCGCUGCCCAGCACCAUGAGGGAAUUCUUACAGAUGGGCGAGAGGGGCAUGGAGCAGGCACAGAGAGCAUUGUCCAGUGGCCAAUGUGUGGUCCCCCUGUCUGAGGUGAGGCUGCUGCCUCCAGUGACUGCCCCAGAAAAGGUUGUAUGUGUGGGCAUGAACUACCGCGACCACUGCCUGGAGCAGAACGCCCCCAUCCCCAAAGAGCCCAUCAUCUUCAGCAAGUUCCCCAGCGCCAUCACCGGGCCCUAUGAUGACAUCACACUGCCUGAGGAGAGCGAGGAGGUUGACUGGGAGGUGGAGUUAGCGUUUGUAAUCGGCCGCAAAGGAAGGCACAUCAAGGAGGAAGAGGCUCUCUCCUACGUGGCGGGAUUCACAGUAGCCAAUGACGUCAGCGCACGUGACUGGCAGAUGCGUCGUAAUGGGAAGCAGUGGCUUCUGGGAAAAACCUUUGACAGCUUUUGUCCAUUAGGCCCUGCCCUGGUCACUACUGCAGCUAUUAAGGACCCGCACAGCCUGGGGAUCUGCUGCCGUGUCAAUGGCAUCACAGUCCAGGACAGCAACACCAAUCAGAUGAUCUUCAGGACAGAGAAGCUUGUGGCCUGGGUCUCGCAGUUUGUGACGCUGAGUCCCGGGGAUGUUUUUCUCACAGGGACGCCUCCUGGCGUGGGUGUAUUUCGGAAGCCGCCAGUCUUCCUCAAGAAAGGUGAUGUGGUGGAGUGUAAAAUCGAUGAGAUUGGACUCAUUCGUAACGCAGUCGUCUGACUGCCAGAAGCACAGGAAGCACUCCUGCCUCCUCUCUGUCCGUUAAAUUUGAUUUGGCAAAACCAGGGUCAUUACUGGGGUUUUUUUUUUUUGUUUGUUUGGUUGUUUGUUUGUUUUAUAACAUGGUCAUACCACUUAAAAGGCAUUUAAUAUAAAUUUCAGAACUGCAGAGGCAAGCAUAUUAUAUUGCAACAGAAUCAGCCCAUGAGAGUUGGUAUUGAAUUCUAAAUGUCUCAGGGUGAAUUUGUAUGUAAAUCCAAGUGUCUUAUAGUGCGGUGGGUAAUUGUUUUUAUUUCUUUCAGGCUGUGGCAGAGAUUAUUUUCCAAGCCUUCCCCACCAACUGCGUUAUCAGCACAUUUACUUACUUAUCAAGUGGCGUAGGACUGAACUGUACGCUGCCUCAACCUGAAGGGCCGUGACGGAGCCGGUGUCGUACGCCUCCACACUGGAGUGCAGAGUGCAGUGACAGGUCAAUGAUUGACAGGGGAGGGUGAGGACCUUUUACUGCCAUUUACCGAGGGCUCGUGUUUCACAAACCGCAGACAGCUGCCCCCCCCCCCCUGAACGCAGCCUCGCGCAUGUAAAAUGCAUGGCUCGACCCGGUAACAUGCAUCUCAGAUGAUUCCAUUAAAAAUAAAUUGCAGUCACUGCAGUAAUCCUGACAGCUGUUUCCUGGUGGAGUGACAUGUUUCUGGGACAUUAGGCAAAACAAACAGCAUAAAGCAAACGGAAUUGUUCGAACAAUUAUGGUUAUAAUUCUCACCAUAAGGCCAGGCUUACAUCUCUAUCCUGUCAUUAGUUUCUAAGAGUCCUCAUUACUGACAAAUAGGACGGCACACAGCAACCCUUCAUUACCUGUCACAUCCUGCUGAAGACACGUUCUCGUUCAGUGACACGGAUGCAUUUCUUCAGCUCUGCACCGUUUCUAUUUAUUGUGCCUAAUUGCUACCUUCAAUUAACUCACCCAAUUUGUACAAGUGACCUGGCUUCCCCCCAAUUAUUCUUCAGCUUUGUAAAACUUCUUUACAACUCUUGGGUUAUUUUGUAAUGCAUUUAAAAGUAAUCCCUGGAAAGUGGCAAUAUAAGAUUUCCUCGGUUUUGGUGGAUUUAGCGGCCACCUGUGGUGACUGGCGGUCAUAACAGGUCUGUUCUUUACUUCAAUUCCCAUAGUUCCAUGUGACAUGAAGACGAGUGUACACUCUUACGGCCUUCUCACACAUUCUCCUUCUUCUGAUCGUCAGGUUGCUUCGUUUUUUUGGUAAGCUUUACCUGAUCAGUUAUCAUAAGAAUGUGUUCACUGUACUUUCAUCCAUGCUGUACUGCAAACAAACACAAUUGUGCUCAAACUCCUCCUUCUGCUAUUGUGUUUAUGCCGCUGAAAUGUUAAACGGUUGGCGCCCUUAUCCAAAGCGGUGUACAAUUGAUGCUUCUCAUUCACCCAUUCAUACACACACUCACACACCAACGGCAAUUGGCUGUCAUGCAAGGCCCUAACCAGCUAAUCAGGAACAUUUGGUGGUUAGGUGUUUUGCUCAGGGAGACUUUGACAGAUCCAGGGCAGGAUCGAACUGGUAAUCAGAAGAGCAGGAUGUACGUGUCACGCAUUUCCAUACAGGAAGGGAAUGGCGAGCCCUCUACUAACUUAAAAUAAUGAAUAUAUAGAAAUUAAAUUAAACAAUGUCUCAGUGUUCAUUCUCAGUGAGAAAUGCCAGUGGGAUUUUUUCUCAAAUAUGGCAUUUGUUCAUAUGAAAACCACUUUAAGGGGCAGCUGACUCAUCUUGCCCUGGGGUGGUAGGCACUUUCCAAACAGGAACCCAAUGAUGGAUGAUGUUCUGCAUGUCCUAUUCUCUGGAUUUUUGUUCAUGUCUUCUCCUGUGGACUCUGCCUUGAGUAAUGCAUUUCCUACAGCAAUCAUUUUAGAUUUAAUGAUGACAUAAAGUAUCAACAUAGUACUGCAAGUCAUAUUUUCCUCUUGAACUAUAAUCGCUCUGAAACGACUCCUUUGUAAGUAAUCUAAGACUAACUCACACUAACAAUAAGGUCUUCUCCUGCACAGAAUUAAAAAAAGAAGACGAUAGCAAUUAGGAGAAUCUACGAAAAUAACCAAUUUAAAUGCAAAGUAUCUUCCAGAAUGAGCUGGGAGCAGCUGAGUCGGUUAACAGGGCACAACCGCCUCCGUUUAAGAAACCAAAACCUUCGAGUUUUGAUUGAACAAUAACUGCCUUCUACAUAUUGAAGUACUAGGUGGCUGAACUAAUUCUAAACGUGCCAAUAAAAUAAAUUAAAAUGG